AUGGCCUCUCGCUUCAUCGCUGCCUCCAUCCCAGAGAUGCAGAAGCCCCGCAUCUCCUGCACAAAGUACCUCGAGCGCCGUAUCAUUCAGGCGUGGAAGUCCUUCAGCCAGAGCACCCGCAAGCACGAGCGCGCGUCGAUCCUUCCUGAGGACUUCGUCCUCAUGACUGCGCGCCGCCGCAGCGUUCGCUUCACCUGA